AUGUUGUCUAGGUUAGAGCUUGGAAACUGCGGGCUAAGUGGCUCGAUCCCAGAUUCUACCCAAAACCUUACCCGUCUAGAAUAUCUGGAUUUAGCUGGCAACCGCUUGAUCGGUUCAAUUCCCUCUUUUAAGCUGUCCAAAAGUUUAGUCCAAGUAUAUCUCCAACAAAACAAGCUAACGGGUGAGGUCCCUUCUUCUCAUUGGGAAGGCCUCAAUAAGCUCGAGUUUCUAAAUUUGGCUAGCAAUUCCUUGAGUGAGAGUUUUCCAGAGUCGAUUCUAACACUAAAAUCACUGAAAGGAUUUGAUAUUUCCAACAACUCAUUUUCUGGUCAAAUUAGCAAUUCUAUAAAUGUUUCUUCUUUUUCUCAGUUGGAUAAGAUAGACAUGAGUAGGAACAAGUUUCAUGGGCCUAUACCUGCAUUCAUCUUCAAACUUCCACUCAUUUCAAAUCUCGUACUUUCUGCAAAUAAUUUCAAUGGCAGUGUAGACCUGGACAUGUUUGGGAGGUUGAAGCAUCUUUAUUCACUUGAACUUUCUUAUAAUGAUCUUAAGGUCAAUGCAAACACAAACGGAUCAGCCUUUUCAUCACUCUCUAGACUAAACUCUCUAAUGCUAGCUUCAUGCAAGAUGCAAGAGAUUCCUGAUGUCAGGAACCAGCCAACACUGAAGAUGCUAGAUCUCUCAGAUAACGAGCUAACCGGUGAAAUACCAAACUGGCUCUGGGAUGCCGGCAACGGGGCCCUUCAAUUUCUGAAUCUGUCACAUAAUAGGUUUUUAAGUCUCCAAAAGCCUUACACGUUUCCUUUUGAGCUUGAGGUCCUCGACCUGCAUUCCAAUAUUCUGGAAGGGGAUAUUCCGAUUCCUUCUAGGCGAGUUUAUUUUCUGGAUUACUCCAGCAACAACUUCGGAUCUUCUAUCCCUGCUGACUUUGGAAAAGCUCUCACUUUGACCUUAUUCUUCUCCAUCUCUAACAGCAAAUUGGUUGGAAACAUUCCACAGUCAUUAUGCAAUGCCAGUAGGCUCGAUGUUCUUGAUCUAUCUAAUAACAGUUUGACUGGAACAAUACCUUCAUGCUUGGCUGAAACAACCAAGACUCUUCGAGUACUGGAUGUAGGAAGAAACAACCUCACUGGCAAUUCUUUGGAUGUGUUUCCAGAAAGUUGUAAUUUGCAAACUCUAGAUCUUAGCGGGAAUCAUUUUCAAGGACGCCUUCCCCAAUCUUUGGUGAAUUGUGAAAAGCUUGAGGUUCUGAAUCUUGGUGAUAAUGCAAUAACGGAUACUUUUCCUUGUUGGCUGCGGAACUUGUCCAACUUGCAUGUUUUUGCCGUACGAUCCAACAAAUUUUAUGGGAACAUCGACUGUCUUGAUUUCAGUGGUAACUGGACGAAUUUACAAAUCAUUGACAUUGCUUCCAAUGGAUUUUCUGGCAGUCUACCUCCAAAGUUUUUUGCAAGUUUUCAAACCAAUGAAUCAAAGUUCAGUCACCUCCAUUUUAUACAUCCUGCUAAUAGUGCCAUAUAUUAUCAGGAUUCAGUCACUCUAAUUUUAAAGGGCCAAACCACAGAGAUUGUAAAAAUUCUCACCAUCUUCACUUCCAUUGAUUUCUCCAACAACAAUUUCCAAGGAAACAUACCGGUCACGAUUGGUGAUCUUAAAUGGCUUAAACUUCUCAACUUGUCCCACAACGCACUCACAGGCCCAGUCCCGCAAUCAAUGGGAAAAAUGGGAAACCUUGAAUCACUGGACCUCUCAGUCAACGAGCUUAGUGGAACCAUUCCACAACAGCUUGCAAGUCUUACUUUUCUCUCCCUCUUGAAUCUGUCGGAUAAUCAGUUGUCAGGGCGUAUUCCAGGAGGCCCACAAUUUCAAACAUUUACAGAGGCAUCAUUCAGGGGCAACCAAGGUUUAUGCGGUCUGCCUUUGACCAAGGUCUGUAACAACGCUACUUCAAAUGUUCCUACAGCAUCAACACAAACUAAUGAAGAUUCAGAUUAUGAAACUGGGCUCUAUGUCAGUAUUGGAUUGGGAUUUCUGGUGGGGUUGGUGAUUAUAGUUGGUCCACUUGUUUUUCUCCGAAGAUGGAGAAAUUGGUACAGCAAUCAUGUUGAUAGAAUCCUUGCAAGGAUCGAUAAUAAACAUACAGGCAUGGUCAUUAAUAAUAAUGAGCAUCAAGACAGCACCUUUUAG